GCCCACCCCGUGGAACCCAGCGGCGCGCUCAGGCUACAAGUGCCUUGGCUGGUAAUCGGGGGACUUUCCCGAGGAGCGGUGCAGGAACAAGCGUGCGGUGCUCGAGCCGCACGUGGUGGUCCAGGCAGGGGAAACUUGCCUUCUUACUUGAGGGAUCCUGUCACAGAAAUGUGUGAGUCCUUGGAUAAAUUUGGCUUGGUGACGGCAAAGCUUCCCUCAGAGACACUGCUACUUCCGCUGUGCUCCUUUUCUGCCCUGACCUAAGUUUCUCAGUGUCAGUCCCUCUGCCAAGUCGGAGGAUUUGCCCUUUUCCCACUUUCCAGCCACGAGGUAUCCUCUCCUUUCUUUUAUCCCUUUUAGGACGAGCUGGGGUUCGAAGUGUCCACGACAGUGGCUGAAAAUGAGAUGGGGGCCUCAGGAGUGAGACCCCUGGUCGUGCAGCGUUAGGUCCUACUGGGUUCUUACCUGUGUGGUUUGUGGCAGAAUUCUGGGAAGCUGCCGGGGGAUGUCUGACUAGCUCCGAUGGAGCUCCACAGCCUUGACAAGAGGAGCGGCCAGGCAGUCCUGUGCGAUGCUGUGGACUGGCAUUCAGGACAGCUUCCUGGUGACCAGGCAGAUGCAGCCGCCGCCAGAGCUGCUCUCUGCUGCCAGAGACACUGUAUGUCAACACCAAGAGCAGCUGAGAUGGAAGGGUCUAAACUUAGCCCUGCUCCGGCAUGCCCCUCCUCCUCUCUGCAAGACAGUGUUAUUCAGACGGACUCCUUGCCACCAGGGUCUCUCAACUCAGGGAACAACCAAGUAACAGCAGGACGGAAAGUCUGCAACUGCUGCAGCCAGGAAUUCGAAACUUCUUUCACCUGUGUGGAUGAGAAUGUCAACCUAGAGCAAAGGAACCCGUGCUCCCCUUCGGCAAAAGGGAGCCAUCACCUGGGAGACCUUGGCUGGGGAAAUCCGAAUGAGUGGUCUCAUGAGGCUGCCAUAUCCUUGAUAUCUGAGGAUGAAGAUGAUAUAAGUUCGGAAGCCACAUCUUCAGGGAAGUCCGUAGACUAUGGUUUCAUCAGUGCCAUCUUGUUCUUGGUCACUGGCAUCUUGCUGGUGAUCAUAUCUUACAUUGUCCCGCGGGAAGUGACGGUGGAUCCCAACACCGUGGCAGCCCGGGAGAUGGAACGUUUGGAGAGGGAGAGCGCAAGGCUGGGGGCGCACCUGGAUCGCUGUGUGAUUGCAGGACUCUGCCUGCUCACCCUUGGGGGGGUCGUUUUGUCCUGUUUGCUGAUGAUGUCCAUGUGGAAAGGGGAGCUAUAUCGUCGCAACAGGUUUGCCUCUUCCAAAGAGUCUGCAAAACUCUAUGGUUCUUUCAACUUCAGGAUGAAAACCUGCACUAAUGAAAACACCUUGGAACUGUCCUUGGUAGAGGAAGAUGCCCUUGAUGUAUAGAGUUAAUUCUGGUUGUGAGCCUACUGAGAGUCUGCGUUAGCAUUUUAUAUGAAGACCAACCAACCAACCACAUUCCUUAAAAUUAACAGUGCAGUUUCUUUGCUUGGCAAGAAAGGCUUAUUUCCCAAACCAACAGCCAGUGAGUGGUUUUGUUCUGGAUGUAUUUUUUAUUUGGAAGAAAAGCUAUGUAAGAUGCAUAAAAAACUACAACCAGCUACACCUGUUCUAAAGAACUGAGAUUAAUUCAUCUAUAAUGGCCAUCAGCUUCUACUUCUAUAGCAAAAUAUUUCUAACAACCAGUGUACAAAUGAUUUCUCUUACAUGCUAUAGGGUAUUAUUCUUUGGACAUUAGUAGGUCCUACAUACAGUAGGAUCAAGUACAUACAUACUUUGUGAAAAUGAACUUAAGCACUAAUCACAUAAUAAGGCUUAUAUUUAAUUCUCAAAGGUGCUUAUCCAUUCUCUUGCUAAAUUCUUUCUUCCUCUAAUUUGGCUGAAUACUAAAAUAUAAUGUUUUGAAUUUGAAUAUUUUGAAGCUUGGGGAUGUUGAUUAUUUUAAAAAAUGCAAAAACACAUCUGUUAUACUUAAAAUUAUUUCUGUGCUCAGAAGUGGUAACUAAGUCAUUAGAAUAAAGUUUCCAGUAAAAGAAAAAUAAUGUAAAUCAUUAUAAGACCAAUCUGAAUUUAACCCAGAAUGGUAGUGCCAGAUAGUAGCCAGUGUUGCAUGCCCAUUUUCUAGAUGAAGUAAAAUUAGUUGCUUAUAUAAAUUUCAUUUUCUGUUUGUGGUUUAGCCAUUAGACAGUUACCCAGGCUCUAGAAGUCUUUCCUGGUUCUUACACCAGAGAGGCAAAGCAUAAGACAUUUUUAAUGUGUUUCCAGACAUAUAAACCUCUAGGCAGGUCUAAGUCAUGAUUGGCUUAGACACACACCCAGGUGACGUUUUAUUGUCGUUUGGAAAAAUACAAUGCGAUACAAUUGCAGCUAGACUCUUAGAGACUGUGCCUAGAAGUUGGUUUCACUUCUCUAGGCUAAGCAACAAGCCAUUGCCCCAGGAUGGCAGCCGUCCUUAAGCCCAUAGCCAAAAAAUUAAAAAAUGAGUGACAGAGAGAAAGAGUAAACACAGUGAUUCAGUGGGAACUGUGUCCUCCCCAAAACUUACCUCCUCCAACAGUGGUCUAAGCAUCAUUUUUUCUUUAAUUUUUAAAAUUAAAAAAAACUUUUUUAAAAGAUUUUAUUUGAGAGAGGAAUGGGGGAGCUCCAUCCCAGGAUCUCAAGGUCCAUGAGAUCAUGACCUGAGCCAAAGGCAGAUGCUUAACCAACUGAGCCACCCAGGUAUCCCCAUAAGUAUUCCGAGUUCCUCAUCCAUACCCACAUUAACUGUGAAAUCUUGCCUCGUGACAUUCAAACUUGCUCGGUGAGAGGCAUGAUGAUCAAAGUGGUCACAGCUUUGUAGAACCCACACCCAGAGUCCACACUAACACCCUGUCUCUGUACAGUUAUGGUUCAGAAAGGGGUCAAAAAUGCAUCCUUAGAAAUAGCUUGCAUUUUGCAAUUAAUCCUUGAGGUGUUUCCAACCUCCCAUUGUAAGAGUUGUUUUAACUUCCAUGGGGGGGGGGGGGGUGGUCAUUCUUAAAGAAGACUGGAACUUGGAAUUUGGGGUGGAAGAGCAGAGAAUAGGAAAGUGAGAAUACAAUUUCUUUAUAGAUUCUGAAGCCUAAUUCUAAUGCCGAAAGUUAUUGUUUUUGAGGAUUGUGGAAAACAUCGAUGACUUUGGCUGGCAGGGUGUGUGAGUCAGGAUAUUUAUGUGAAUGAGUUCCUGUGGCCGUCAGAGAUUCACCUGAUGAGUUUGGAAGACUGUGUUUUACUAAGGGUUCAGAUGAGAUGCAAAAAGGUAGGACCAGAGGAUAGUAAAAAUAGAGCGGGCAGGCAUUAGGUAAAAACGAGAAAUUUUAUGGACAUAAGAGGAAGCUAGAUAUAGCUCAAUUUGGAAAUAAUUGGGAGACUAUAAAGAUGGUAUUUGUUAUCUAUUGCUGGUUCUUUGUGCUUUUUAAACAAAGUUUUUUUGUUUCAUGUCAUGGUUUGUGUUGAAACUGACUUACAGCAGUAUAAAUUUCAUUUUUUGAAGGUUUGUGAAUUGUCAGAUUCUGACCUGCAUAGAGACCCACUUUACAUGAAAUUGAGGCAAUAAAUGAAUGAUAUCCUUGGCUGGGCGAGUAGGUCUGAGUCUGUCUCUUUAGAAAAAUACGUUUAAAAAAAUUCAUGCUUGUUCUUAGAAGCUAAGUGCGAUCAGCUGAGUUUUGUUUUAUUUAUUGGUAAAACAUGAUUAGUUAGCUGAAUUGCAGACUGAUCUGAAUUAAUAUGCCGCUCGAUUUUCAGUCAUGAAGGAAGACAAAUUAGAGAAUCAAGUGUUAGGAAGUUUUUCAAUUCUGUAAAACUGGAUAACAAAGAAAAAGCCAAAGCUUUUCAUUGGGAAACAUAUAAUGAAUCUUACAGCACGACCAAAUUACAAAUAGUUCUGAUAUGAUCUAAAGGAUCUCUCUCUCUCUAUGCAUAUAUAUAUAUAUAUAUACAUAGAUAUAUAGAUAUAGAUACAGACAGAGAUACAUAUAUAGGUAUAAUGGAAUAUCUAUAUCUAUCUAUCAAGAUCUAUCCCACUAUAUCUAUAUAUGUAUUUCUAUCCAUAUAUAUAAAUAGGGAUCCCAGAUAGGGAUACAUAUAUAAAUAUGCCAUUAUAUCUAUAUAUGUAUCUCAAUUAGAAAAAGAUAUGCAUGAGGAAAGACCUAACAAGUCAGAAUAUAUUUCUUUCUUUCCUUCCUUAAAAUUUUAAAAUUGAACUAUCAUAAUUAAUGCUUAUUUAUUUAAAUCUGUUUGUCUAUAGGACGCAUCUGUUUAUAUAUGGGACACAGCUCUUUGAAGGUUCUACUUAAGUGAUGGCAGACCAUUACUCUAAGAAGAACCAGUUCAGAAAAUCAUCUGGGUGUCUCCUUGAGUGCUGUGUUGACACAGUGCAGCUAACUGCCUUAAACAGCUUUCCUCCAGUAUUCAGGUGUGUAGUUCUAGUCCAUCCUAUCUAUCAGUGCCUGAAUUCAAGAUGAGGAUUACUUGAAUUUAAAGUCACCCUGAACUUUAGACUCUAUUGUUUCCAACCCGAUAAAGAGGUUUUUGGCUCUAAAUGUCUUUAUUUAGAAGUACUUUGGCAAGAUCAAGUGAUAAAUGUUAUAGACAUUGAACCGAGAUAGCUGUGGUGUUGCUGGGCUUGGAUCCGUCAUGGAGAUCUUGACCUACAUCUAUCUCUUGAACAUGGUGCUGGUUGUUGUUUAUGAAAGUUUUCAUUGCUAGACCUGGAACAGCAACUUCUUUCAGAGGUCCGUGUUUAGAUCUUUUUACCAGGUUUCGAAAAACUAAAGUGAGUUACUUUCCUAAUCUUAAGAGAAAGCAGAUCAUUAUUCAGCAGUGUGGUCCAAAGGGGUGAGUACAAAAAAGAAAGCUUUCUCCAUGACUACUGGGAUCUAUGUACUGCUAUGGACUGCUAUGGACUGUUUAAUCCUCCUAAUGACUUUAAUAAACUGUCUCUUCUUAGCGCAUCUUAAACUGUUUGUGGUAGAGCUGAAUGUUUCUUUGCAAUGAUGAGUGUCCUUUCUAGACAUUUAGAGCUCCUGAAGCAGACCUAUAUUCUGGCCCCCUCACAGGGAGAAAGUCUUUUCUCUAGGCUCCUCACUUCAUAACUGAUUCAUAGUUUAGAGGAGCACAGGACUACUUGGAACCAUGAAAUCCUUGGUGGCUAUGGUGCUUUUAUCCGUAUGAUUACUAUGCCCCCUUGGUUCUGUACUGCUAGAGACUUGCCUAAUAUCAGUAUUACAUGCUUUGCUAUCUGCUUAAUAUAUCUGAGUCCAUCCCUCUCAUACUUACUUGUUUUGGGAACUCAGCUGGACCAAGGCUGGCCCAUGUCCUUUGAGGUGCAAAUUUAGACAAAGAGACUGCCCUGCUAAUUGUGCCUUCCCUUUGCCCCCCAGUGUAAGGAGAGUGAUUGAGUGAGCACUAUGCCAGUUGGAUAUCAGGAAUUAGGGUUUGGUUUGGGUUCAAACCCUAAAUCCAAGUGGCUCUACUUUUUGUUACUUCUUUGUGACAGGCAGAAAUUCAGGCAAGAGCAUUUGAACAUUUCAGCCUUCAUCUUUGAUAUGCGCAAUGACAGGCAUAUGCAAAACCUUAUCUGGAUUAAUCAUCUAGAGUUAAAGAAGAAAAUCUUCUAUAUACUUAGUAGGAGCAGGUUUUUCCAUCUGAAGGUCAGAUUCCAUUGCAGCAAUUAUUGCUACCACAAAAAUGUGGUCUGACAAAAGAGAUUCACAACCUUCACCAGUGGUUCACCUAUUCAGCAAGAUUUAAUACCACCAGCUAGGUUCCACUGUGACAUAAGACAGAUCCUUAUAGUUCUCUGUAAUGGGGUUUGACCUUUCCCAGAAUUGGGCAUAAAGAAUGACUACAAUGAAAAGAAUUAUAAUAAUGAACUCUCACUGGCUUUUCCCAGUAUAAAGGGUUCAUAAGAAAGAGAAUUAACAUGUCAUUAUCUUUCAGCUGAUUUUCAGCUAUAUCAUUUUAUGGUUCAUAGUAUUCUAGAAUAUUCUCUCCCUCCAAUUUUUAUGGGCCUUUGGAAAUAAUUUGCUUGAUUUGUGCACUGACACUGUAAAAAUAAGAUGUUAUUUUAAAUAUGUAAAAUCAAUUUCAAAAUCUGUGGCUUACACUUAAGAGCAUACCUGUGGUUUACGUUUGUUAGUGUGUAAGUUUAUGUCCACUCAAGUCUGUGUAUGUAUUAGGAGAAUAUUUUAUAAUUAUAGAAUUGUAAUAUCCAAAGCUAUUGUUAGAAUAAUUUUUCUUAUAGGAAAUUUGGCAUGCCUUAAUGUUGACUUUAAGGACAGGAGAAGUCUUUCACAGGUCAUGAAUGAAGAAUUUAGAAUCAACCUCAGAAUGAGAUGCCAUAAUUACAUAGGUCUCUUUUGGCUAUUCAACAUCUCACAGAUGUUUGAUUUAUUUUUUUAACUGUGCGAUUUCAGGCUUAUAAGAUUGUGGCCUAUUUAGAAUUAGUUUACCAUGAACUAUUAUUUUAUUUCAAGGAAAUAUGGAGAGUAUAUAGUAUUUUCUUUUGCUCCAACUUUUAGUAAAUCUCCUGUGUUUUGGGAAGAAAGAGCCUUAUUUUCUCACUGCCGUCUUCAUGUUUCCUAGCCAGGCUCUGAACAAAUGUUAUACAAGAAAGCAAAGAUUGAUUAUUGCUAUAUAGUAUAUUGAGAGUUUCUAUUUUGUGGUCUUAUUGUGCUUUUUAUUUUAUUUUAUUUUUCUUGCCAAAUAAGAAAAAUAAUUUGAUGUUGAUUAUGUGUUUUAAUAUAAAAAAAGGGCAGUUAUUAAGGUUAUGGGCUUUUUCUUAGGGCAUGUGAUGCCUUAUAUGUUAAUAGCAAAUGUAUCAUAUCAUUUUAAAAUAAAACUAUUUAUUAAGGUGUUUCA